AUGGACCCAAACUGCGCAAUCUGCGGCAACCCCCCGAAACACCCCUGCGAUUGCGAGCGUCGGAGCCUAAUUCACGCCGUGGAGGAAUCCGAAAGACGUGUUCUCUCCCCACUAUUAUCUGAUAUACGGUUUUCCUCCCCUACCCCCCCCCUCGCAUAAACUUCCUCCCCACUAACGUUCUCGACUUUCUUCACGAUAGCCUAUGGGUAACAGCCCAGGCCCGGGCCUCAAUCCACCAAGACUUUCGCGCUCGAGAGGCCCGCCGACGGGCAGACUACGAGUGCUGGCGACAGGAUAACGGCGGCAGAAUUUCACGCACGGAGCUGGAAGAGGUGGAGUUUGAGCUGCGCAGGGGGAUCAACGAGGAUUGGAGGGCCGCCGUGGGGAGAUAUCCUGAUGUGUUGGAUUAUUUUUAUGGGCUUGUGGGAUGGACGAGGAGUGGUGGUAGUGGUGGCGGUGGCGGUGGGGGCGGAUUGAGGAGGGGGGAGAGGGAGAGGGGGGCUUAUCUUACGAGGAGGGGGUAG